UACGGCUGUGCUGAGAAGCGGACGCAGCGCUGUUCUGGGGAGUGUGCCUGCUAAGUUUUUAGAGCACUAUCAAACAACUCCGUUUUAAGACGGUGAAAUGAACGCUCGGAGGACGCGAACCAGAAGACCUUGUCGGAAAACAGUACCGGUGACCGUAUGAGUGUUGGUUCGACGGACUAAGAAAUGGGGCAGACGUCGGUUUCCACCUUGUCUCAAAGUCCGAGUCUUGAUGGACUGCAGAAUGCAACCCAUGCAAACUUGGACGCGGUCAUCACAGAUGCCCAGUCGCCGCCUCUGAAGCGGGGAGGAAAGCUGUCCUCCCUUGGCAAGAUCUUCAAACCCUGGAAAUGGCGCAAGAAGAAAACCAGCGACAAGUUCCAGGACCUCUCCAAAGUGCUGGAGAGGAAAAUCUCUACCCGACAGACCAGAGAGGAGCUGAUCCGAAAGGGAGUCCUGAUUCCUGAGCAAGACUCAGAGGAGCCCAUAAGCUCAAAUGGACAUACUGCGCCCAUCAGCAUGGAGCCUGUGACGGAGGAGGUCCAAGUGGAUAUCGAGGUGCAGAGUGACACACAGGGAGACGCCGAUGACAAAACAGUAGGAGGUGCUGUGUCUGCCUCUACACCCGUAGAGAAGAAUGACAAAAGACCUAUCACAAAGGGGAACGGAUCUCAAGUGCUGGCGACACUCACUAAAAAGUCACAGACAGCUCCCAAAAUGAACAUUGGGGCAUCAGGUACAGGAAGGAAGGAGGGCUCUAGUGACGGAAAGUUUUCCAAAAGCAGUAGUAAGCAGCCGUCUGCCCUGCCCUCCAAACAAAACCCUUCAAACAUGAGAAGUGGAAUUGCCAAAUCCUCCCACCCCAAGAAACUGACAGCAGCUUCCAAGAGCACAUCCCAGCCCACUCCACUGUCAGCCUCAGCAACACAAAGUAGGGACUCCAAGGAAAGGGCUGUGGCAAAGAGUGGGGUCCCAGACCCGGCAAGCGCCGAGAAGAAGCGAGGGAAGCACGUGGACACCGGCAGGUCUGUGACCGUGCCCAAGGCCGUGCCUGAGGCAGAGAGCCCUUUGGUGGAUGGCCCAGAGCUCGGCUUGCAGGAAGAGGUCCCAGUUCAGCAGCCAAAGGCAAGUGCAGAGGAGAAUCCUGUUCAGGACAGUCCAUCGCUGCCUGGGGUGGACUCCCAGAGCCUCCCUGUGGAGUCAGGUGAGGAUCUGUCCAAUAGCCACAGUUUGACAGAGGACAUAUGCUUCACGGAGUCCCCCAGCAAGGCUCUCUCAGACUGCCCCAAGGACCCUCUGUGUGAUGCCAGAGAUGGGGAUGGUGAAGGACGUCAAUCAGGCAGCACAGACAGCCCUGCAGAGAGCUCCCCGCAGCCCAAGAGCAAGCCAAGGGGGAUGGAGGACGAGCAGAAGGCCCGCAUUUCCAUCCCAGACAAUCCCGAGGUGACGGUCAUUCCUGACGACAGCAAGGAGUGCCACACCAGUGACUCAGACUCUGAUGGCCCCAUUCUUUACAGGGACGGAAAUGAGGAUGAUGAGGAAGACGAGUACACCUCAAGCUCUCUCUCCAGCAAAAUCCGACGGAGGGACACGCUGGCAAUCAAGCUCGGAAACCGGCCAAGCAAGCGAGAGCUGGAAGAGAAGAACAUCCUGCCCCGCACCUCAGAGGUGGAGAGGCAGGAGCUGAGGCAGCAGAUCGGAUGCAGACUGGUGAGACGACUGAGUCAGAGGCCCACCACGGAGGAGCUGGAGCAGAGGAACAUUCUCAAACAGAAGAACGAAGAGGAGGAGCAUGAAGCCAAACAGGAGAUUAAAAGAAGACUCACUCGAAAGUUGAGUGUGAGACCCACAGUUGCGGAGCUGGUGGCCCGGCGGAUCCUGCGCUUCAAUGAGUACGUGGAAGUCACAGAUGCCAAGGACUAUGACCGUCGUGCUGACAAGCCGUGGACCAGGCUGACUCCAGCCGAUAAAGCUGCUAUUCGGAAGGAGCUCAAUGAGUUUAAAAGCAAGGAGAUGGAAGUGCAUGAAGAAAGCAAACAGUUCACAAGGUUCCAUCGCCCCUGAUGCCAGGGAUAUCCAGGGUCCAAGACACAGCUCACAAAGGACUUGCUGGAAGCCCCAGCAAGGGCCACAAAGACCCACUGGCCUGGGCCCUCACAUACUGGAAACAGAAUUAAUGCCAUGGAUCUCUACAACUUGGAGGACAGUCCACCUCCAGUUAGAUAAAUCAGUGGCUGGCUUCUGGACAUGACUAUCUGGCUCAGGCUGUGUAUCUUAAACUGCCUGACAGAAGGACAGUGUAUAUAAACACUUUGAAUGUGGAAGGAGUCUCUGUACUGCCAGGAAUGAGCUGAACAGCCCAAAGACCUAGAUUUUUUUUAUUGGCAUCUCUCUUGGAGGAUACAUUAUUGUGACCAAUGGAGGGACAGUACCCAACGCACAUGGCCGUGUACAUGUCCUCUUUUUUUUUUUUUUUUAAAUAAAAUCCAGGAAAGGGUAUACAUUUAUAAAUAUUGGCAUAGUAACACCACACUGUGUCAAUAAAUGUCAACAGCAUGUUUGUCAGGAGAUGCAUGCUAAGCAUUAAUACUUGUCCAUAAGUGUAAAUCAGACAAAAAAUUGGAUAUUUGUAAAUGUAUAUUUGCACCAUGCCUCAUAAAAUAAGAGGAUUUUAUGCACUUUGGGAGAAGGUAAAGCAUAUUGCCAUCAUGAGUGUCCAUCUAGAGUGUCCACACUUACAUUUUGUUCAUCCCUGGGCUGCUAGGUUAGGCAGACUGAAAGUACUAUACGCAGACUUGUUUUAACAAAAAGUAUUGUAAAGUAAAGUAU